CACCACAAACGCCGCAUGCCUCCCAUUACCUUUACGGACGAUGAUUUCCUUGGUGUCGACCACCAGCAGGACGACCCCAUGGUCAUCACAGUGAAACUCGAGAACUACGCGGUCAAAAAGGAUCCUAAGUCCUCAUGCGUCUUCUCAGCUCCCCUGAAGGAUCCUAGAUCUUACUAUGAUGCCCAGACUGACCAAGUAAAAUGUUGGGUAACCCCAGCCUUUGGCCGUUUCUCUUGGAAGCUUCCAAUGCAUUCAUUGCCCAUUAGCAAUGAUGAAGAUCGGGUGCAAGUGUUUGCCUAUGCUUUGCUUGAAGGCCAGGUGUGUCCCUGUUUAAAAUCUGUUCGAAAAUAUAUGUCGGCUCCCCCUGAAAGUAUCAUGAAGAAAGAAGCAUUUGGUCAGAAAAGGGUGGGAAAUCUUUUAAGCAAGUUAAAAAGCAGGCUGAUUGAUAGCUCUGCUGUGCUAAGAAUGGUGUGGAAGGAGAAUCCUAGGGAACUAUUUGCAGAAAUUUUGGAUUGGUUUCAGCAUAGUUUUCACAAGCACUUUGAAGAGUUAUGGCUACAAAUGCAUAACGAAUUGCUCAUGGGGACACAAAAAGGCCCUCAGCAUAAAAGUUCUAGGAAAAAGAAAGUAAAAUCUAAAGGGCUAUCAUAAUUGCUCAACAUUGAAGGAAAAGAAUGCAUCUCAGUUUUAGCCACAACAUUGGUGAACAAGAAAAUGGUGGGCAGCUCCAUCAACUACCUCAGCACACUAAUUGCAGUAGCAUGGUCAAGCACAUGGCUGGACUAAUUUGCACAAGUGAUGCUUCAGAAAUACUGAUAUUCUUUCAUCCUCUUUGACAUGCUUUUGUGGAAGUCGUAUAGUUUCGCUGAGAAAAUGUUAGAAAUUACGUUAGUGAAAUUGUAGGGAUUUAAUGUGUGCUUCAUUAGUCAUGUAUCAUGCUGAAUUUAUUGGCUAACAAUUUUGUAGUGAGUUUUAGUUGCUAAUGUGCCAAAUUUGAAGUUUGGUGAAGCAAAGAGUUUAGGCUAGUUUUGAACAGUCCUUGAGCAUUGUCCUUAGAUAUACACUUUUUAAGAAGUUAUUUUACACUCCAAGUUCAGCUUAUUUUCAAAUUUGAUUCCAGCUUCUUGUUUGCA